AUGUUUGUUGAGGACUUCAGCGUUCCUUUCAGAGUCCACGGCUGGAAGCCAAAUUGGAGCGGCUGCAGGAGCCUACAAACGAUCGAGGAAUACAUACCGACCCAUAUCUUCACUGCAGAGAUGGGCCACAUGGUACAGCGACAACUUGCUGCCCCGCUGAUGGGGGUAAAAGAGAAGCUCAACGAGGUCAAUGCAUUUACAGAUGUCUUGGACCACUUAGGGCAGCCAAGCAUCAUGUUAGUCAAUUAUGAUGGUCGAAUGUUGCCCAUCAUGAUACUUGCCUUGACGAGUGUUGAGGAAGAUGAACAGUGGAGUGCGCUGCGUAAGGAGAUAUUAGACAAGGUAUCAGAAGGAAAGGGAAGCAUACCAACACCAGCCUCUACCUCAGCGGCUUCAAGCGGCGUGCCGAGUGGAGAGCCCAGGCAGCCUCUCCCAUGGAAAACAGAAUUGCCAAUUAGGGAGAACAACACUCCAAUCCCUUCCCUAUGGAAAAUGCCAGAUCCUUUGGCAGUGGCUCCAGCCCAAGACACAACCCUUGCUGAAGCUCACGAACUUGCCAAAUUGAUCAACGAACUUGAUAGUAUUGACUUCACUCGAGCAGGCACACCCAUGAGUGUUGUUCCACAGCUCAUCCCUGCCAGUUCCACCACUUCAUCUGACCUAACAGAGUUCACUUCUACUGCAAGCCAGAUUGGGCCUGGCACUCACGCUGGCUCGUACAACAUCAUCACCGCCACUGAAUCUACUUGGUCAGCGUUAAGUGCUGCAUCACCAAGGAAAACCAAUGCCCGUACCAGAACAGCCCCCAUUGGGACAACAUCCCAUCACCUUCCUCUGACUCAGGCAAACCUGGAACAAAUGUCAUCAUCUCAACUAGCCAAUAUGUCCAAUACUCACAGUGGGGGGGCUGCUACACAUCUGAGAAGUGAAUUAACGAUUUCCUCGUAUGUGAAGGCAAAUAUGGAUUUGGGCUCUGAGGAGAUCGACCUUAUCAUUCGUUUGUCGCAACUGGAGAACUUCAACAUUGAGAACUUCCACUCUAUACUGAUUGCACAGUUUUGCUGCACCUGUGGGCAAGCUAACUUCCUUGCAAAACUCGCAGCUGCUGGGUGA